AAGUCAAUUUUCGAACACAAAUCGUAAAAUAUACAAUGUUCUAACAAGUCAAAGAUUUGGGUUCUCCAAUUCUGCAUCCCACCCCACAAAAUUGGAGCCAAACCCACGUUGAACAUGGACGUUGUCAAUGUUCACAAUUCAGAUGCGCCCACUUCAUGUUUAUGGUGGAGGAAAUCAUUUGACUUCAAUUCUUUAAUCUUUCUCCAUUUUAUCAGACAAGCAUCUGCUUUUUCUCAUCAUUACAUCAACAAAUCCCAACCAACUUUUCACCUACAAUUCAAUUCUCCUUCAAUUCAAAACCCCCAAAUUUUGAACAAAAGAGGCCACAUAAUUGAUUUGAUCGCGCAAAUACGCACCAACUGUUCGACGAAUUGCCUCAAAGAAUAGAACUUUCAAAAUGGAAAAUCCCAAUUACACACCUUCAAAUUUCAUAUCAGUUUUCUCGAAUUUGCCAAAGCCAUUUGAGGAUUCAAGCACAAAUGGUUCAGGCGAUGGAAAGCAGCAACCUUUAAGCUUGUGGCCAGGAAUGUACCAUUCACCAGUAACAAUUGCAUUGUGGGAAACAAGGUCUAAGAUAUUUGAGAAAAUGAAUUUCACUUCAAUUGAUCAUCCUCCACAAACCCAUUUGCUAAAUAAGACUCCUUCACAAUCUAGGAUGACUGUUCUUUACAAUUUCUCCUCUGAUUUUAUCUUAAGAGAGCAGUAUAGGGAUCCUUGGAAUGAGAUGAGGAUUGGGAAAUUGCUUGAAGAUCUUGAUGCUCUUGCUGGUACUAUCUCUGUCAAGCAUUGUUCUGAUGAUGACUGCACUACAAGACCAUUGUUACUGGUCACAGCUUCUGUAGACAGGAUUGUUUUGAAGAAGCCAAUCAGUGUAGACAGUGAUUUGAGGAUAUCUGGUUCUGUCAUAUGGGUUGGGUGGUCUUCAAUCGAGAUUCAACUGGAUGUUAGUCAGGCCAUUGAAGGAUCUUUUGCUUCAGAUUCAGUUGCUCUUACAGCUAACUUCAUUUUUGUGGCCCGGGAUUCAAAGACACGGAAAGCUGCUUCAGUUAACCGACUUGCUCCUGAAACUGAAACGGAAAAACUUUUGUUUGAAGAAGCGGAAGCAAGAAGCAAACUCAGGAAAAGAAAAGGAGGACAAAACAAAAGGGGUUAUGCAGAUGGGGAAAUGGACAGAUUGGUAGCUCUUUUAUCAGAGGGGCGCAUCUUCUGCGACAUGCCAGCGUUGGCAGAUAGAAAUAGCAUUCUUUUGAGGGAUACCCGUCUUGCAAACUCUUUAAUAUGCCAGCCUCAGCAGAGAAACAUCCAUGGUAGGAUCUUUGGAGGGUUUCUGAUGCACAGAGCAUUUGAGCUUGCUUUCUCUACAUCAUAUGCAUUUGCUGGCGUCAGGCCUUCUUUUCUAGAAGUUGAUCAUGUUGACUUCUUGAAACCUGUGGAUGUUGGUGACUUUUUGCGUUUCAAAUCAUGUGUCCUUUACACAGAACUGGAAGAUCCAGAACAUCCAUUGAUAAUUGUUGAGGUUGAAGCUCAUGUUACAAGGCCUGAAAUCAGGUCAAGUGAGGUAUCCAACACAUUCUACUUCACGUUCACAAUCUGUCCAGAAGCAAAGGCUGAGAAAAACAAAAUCAUAAUUCGCAACGUCGUUGCAGCCACUGAGGAAGAAGCACGUCAUAUCUUGGAACGAAAGGAUGCAAAGGCUCUGCAAGUUAGCAAUUGUGCAAACAAAGAAGUGUCGACUAACAUUAUUGAAGAAUAAGGGUAGAAGAUUGAUUAUGUAUGUCUUCUUACAAUAAUUUUCUAACUAUAGAAUAUGUAAUUCUUCUGAAUCCUGAUAUCAUUUCACAUGUAUCUGCAAAAGACAAUACUAGAACUGAACCACUUUCUGAUUGCCUUUUAAUUUGUUGAUAACUUAACCAUGUGUAUCAAAUUGUAUGCAGUUGCACAUGAUCUUGGACCAAUUCUUUCAUAUUUUAAGUGCUGUAAAAGAAUCGGAAUUAUCAAGUGUCUACUUGUUAUCCGUUAUGUCA